AUGAAUAAAUGUAUUGUGCUUUCUCACGCUCUUCUAUUUUUAACAUUUUUUCGCGAUCCCGAAAAAUUGAGAACUGCUGUCACGCGAAUUUUCAAACCCCCAUAAAAUUUUACCAGGUUUAUAUUCUAAUUUUGCAGGAAUCACCAAACAUAUUCCACCUUCAUAUCAUUAUCCUUCUUCUUCUUCUUCUGCAAUUCGACACGUUGUUCCAAUUCAAGCUGCUCCACGAGGAUAUAUGCCGGUUUAUGCAAGACCUUUUGUUCCAAAUCCUUUGCCACAAAUACAAAUUCGACAUCCGCCACCAAUUGGAGUUAGACGAAAUGUGGUUGUGAAACAAAAUCCGAAGAAUUGUCAGGGAUAA